CAAAGCUCUGAUCUCGUUUCCGAACAAAUUCACUCAAUUACGGACCAUUCCACGAGUCAAGCCACGCUAAAUCGCCUCGAAAAAUGAGUCGAAAUACCGCGGAAAGUGUACAAGCGAAAUCGGGCUCCGGCAGCGGCAGCAACAAAAACAUCCAGAGCAGCGAAGUAUCAUCCUCCAACAAAAAUGGCUCAUCUCGUCCAAAGGAAAGAAAUUCCGCGGCAACUGCAAAUAUUGUCGUCGAAGACAGCUCGGACGACGAUAAUGCCGAGAAAAUUCGCGUGGGCAAACAAUAUCAAGCCACAUGCCCCGAAAUGCAAACCACAAAACCGACCGAUGGGAAUUCCGACGACAAGGCGUUGCUUGUUUGGACUCCCACAACAGCGAUAGACGAACAACAAAUUGACGACUACGUGAGAACGGCACAAGAAAAGUACGGAUAUAAUAUGGAACAGGCACUGGGGAUGCUGUAUUGGCACAGUUACGACUUGAAAAGUGCCAUGGAUGACUUGUGCAACUUCAUGCCGUACCCCAACGAGUGGUCACAAGAAGACGAAGUGUUGUUCGAGCAAGCGUUCCAGUUCCACGGGAAGAGUUUUAAUCGCAUUCGACAAAUGUUGCCGGACAAAAGUGUCGGCAGCUUGGUGAAAUAUUACUAUUCGUGGAAGAAAUCUCGCACAAAAACCAGCGUCAUGGAUCGUCAGGAGCAGUUACAGGCGAAAAAUGGCGUUUCGGACAACAACAGCGAACGUGAUAGUAAUUCCGACGUGGAUGACAAGAACGGCAUCAAAGUUGAAGGAGAUGCAACGAAAACAGCAACAGAUCCCAUUAACUCGUCCGCGAUCAACAAUUGCAGCGGAUGCGGCGUCGCCUGUACCGAAGUUCAUAACACGGUGCAUGGCAAACUUUGUUCCAGUUGUCAUCAUCAUUUUAAGCGAACCGGCAUUUUGCGUCCCAUUUCGGCGCCGAAACACUUUGGAAAGCGAUCUCAAACGAGCGACAACGGGAAAUACAAGAAACAUCCACCGAAAGGCAUUUAUUUCAAUCACGACGACAUCGUUGCCCUUGCACAAGCUAAACAAAAUCCCGGCACGCGGAACAAACAAAGCGACAUUGUCGUCGGGAUGGAACGCGAAUGCGCCUCACAUUGGACCCGCAUUCAAAGUAACAAGCAAAAGCUGAGUCGAACACGGCAAAAAGUCGCAGCAGCGUUGAAGGAAUGUCUCAAACCCGAUUCGAAUAAUCGCGUGAGUGUUCGUUGGACCAACGACGAAUAUUUGCUGGCAGUGCAGGGCGUCAAAAAUCACGGAAAGGAUUUCGCGACAAUCGCUAAUAUUUUGGGAACCAAGACGGAGGCUCAGAUCAAGACAUUUUUCGUAAAUUAUCGUCGGCGAUACAAUUUGGAUAAACUCGUAAGGGAAUAUGAUGCGAAAAAUGGCAAAGCGGCAAAGGAUUCGAGUUCGACGAAGGGAGCAGGAAAGGAAAAUGCGACGCAAGCAGAAACGUCAAUGUCUGUGGAAAUUGAUCUGGAUGAGGAAAAUACAAACACAAAUGCGAAUGAUGAGGAUGUCACGAUGACUCCCGUAGCGCAGUAA